UAGGUUUUAUGGUACAUGUGCGCAAUGUGCAGGUUAGUUACAUAUGUAUACAUGUGCCAUGCUGGUGCGCUGCACCCACUAACUUCUCAUCCAGCAUUAGGUAUAUCUCCCAAUGCUAUCCCUCCCCCCUCCCCCCGAACCACUGUGAUUUUUUAAAAGAUGUACUAUUUUGAAAUGUAUAAUACAUACGGAGAAGUGUAUGAAAUAUGUACAAUUUAAAGAUAGUGAAAAAUGCAUGCCUGUGUGCCCACCACCUGGUGAAGAAAUACAACCUGGACACCACUUUGGAAGCCUGUCUGUGUCCACCCAUCGCAUUCUCCCUCCUCCCCCAGCCCAGGUAUCCUCCAUCCCAACCUUUAGCUAUCCCCUGACUUUCUUUAGUUUCAUUGCCUGUGUAUGUAGCCACAAAUAAAAUAUUGCUUAGUUAUCUGGGAAACCGGGCUGUAUAAGAAAACGGCUAUUAGAACCCCACACCACUGUAAGAUGCAGGAUCCCAGAAGACUCUGCUCCCAGUCCGGCUUCCAAUUCCUGUGGGUUUAUAAUGGGCCUUUCUAGAGACACUGGGGGCAGGAUUCACAGAGCUGGAACAUUCGCAGCGAGGACCACAUUCCAGAUGACCAACAGGGACAUGCUUGCGGGGGGAUGGGCCAAUUUGGACUGUCCCCUUCUAAGCCCACCAAGACCUACCUGUAGCUCGCAGGAGUGGGGUCAGGGCAAAACAUGUAUGUGGGGUAAAACGGGUGACCUCUGAUUCUAGGCACCAGGAGAUGGAGAGAAGAGCAGGAACGAGGGAACACAAGGGGAAGUCAGGCACAGGUGAGAAUCUAGGCCAGGCUCACCUGGCCAUUCUGUCCUGAGCUUAAAAACAUGCAAUGAUGGCAAUGACAGCAUUUGAUCUGUCUCUGGAGUCACUUCGCAUGAGGUCAUUCUCCCUCCACCACCCUCCUGGGGGAUUCCUUUACCUCCUCUCCCCCAUACAUCCCAUACUGGGAACUUGUGCUUCCAGCUAAGAUGCAGUAACAGACUGAAUUUACCCUCUUGCCUGAAACAACUCAACAGCUGGAAAAAAAGAAAUGAAACGAUGGCUCUGAAAAUACUAGAAAAGCAGCAAUGGACAGCAGCAGAUAACCUUGAUUCCAGGCACCUGAAAUCUUCUCUGCAACAACACAAUAUACAAUUUAAAUGUAAGUUAGGGUAGGCCCAGUGGCCCACGCCUGUAAUCCCAGCACUUUGGGGGACCAAGAUGGGAGGGUUGCUUGAGCCCAGGAGUUGGAUAACAGCCUGGACAACAUACGGAGACCUAAUUUCUACAAAAAAAUUUCAAAAAUUAGCUGGGCGUGGUGGCACGCACCUAUAGUCCCAGCUACUUGGGAAGCCGAGGCGGGAGGAUCGCUUUAGCCCAGGAGGUCGAGGCUGCAGUGAGCCAUGAUCGUGCCACUGCACUCCGGCCUAGAUGACAGAGACCCUAUCCCCCCCACGCAAAAAAAGGAAAUCAAUUAACAUUAAUUCCUCCCAAGGUGCCCAGGCUCUCUUCACCCCCUUCGUCAUUGUCCCUCCAGUUGGAAAUUCCUCCCUCCCCAGGCAAAAUCCCGCCCACCCUUGGAGGCCUUUUCAGAUCAUUCUUGCCAGAUGAGCUCCCCUUGUCCCUUCUCUGAGCCCAAAGGGGCCCAGCUGCCGUCUGUCUCCCUCCUUCCCCUUGUUUCCCGUGCUACCUCCAGGGCACUUCCCAACUCACUGGCCAAGCCCUCAACGAGCGGUCUAUGCUAACUUUGGCUCUGUGAAUUUCCUAGAGUGUCGUGGGUUGGGGAAAAGCGCGCGAAGUCCUGCCUUGCAGCAGGCGCGAGAGCAGGCGCUUGGGACGUGCGUUGGGGCAGGGGCCCCGGGACGUAGGGGGACGUCUGCGCGGCCCUGCGUCCCCAGGACAACCUGGCCUGCGCUCACCCGCGGCCAGGCGCUCCGCGGAGGGCAGAAGCGGGCUGGGCCAAGCUCCUCAGCUCCAGGCCGGGGCCACAGUCCUAACCCCGCAACGGCACCGGGCACGCAAGAGUCGGCGUCAGUGCGCGUUUAGUCGGAGCAUUAUCGGGCUCAGCCAAACACGGCCCGGUUCCUGGGCUUUCCGCUCUUUUUACGGGGCAGAAGGGGAAAGAGGCCUCGAGUCGUGCGGGCUCCAGGCUCCGGGCUCUGGGUGAGGCCUGGUCCCUGCUCCCGCCCGGCUACCCUCAUUCUCCAGUUGUAUCCCCUGCCCGGGUCUGCAGCCUCGGGCCGCGGCAUGGUUGCCUGGGAAACGCUUGCGCCUGCGCAGGGCUUCCUAGGCGAUGGAGUCUGCCGGCGGCCUCGCCGCUGCCGGCCGCGCACGGAGGAACUACAAUUCCCAGGAGACCGCGCGGUGGGUGGGGGCGGGGUAGUGGGCGGGGCAUCAGCCGGCUAGGGUCUCGGCGCGCAGGGCCAGUCGCAGAGGAAGAUGGCGCCGCAGAGAGUCGGGUCGUUUUUGCGCGGGCUCCUGGCGCUGCUACUGUUGCUGCUGUUCUUCCUCGGGCCUUGGCCCGCGGCGAGCCACGGCGGCAAGUACUCGCGGGAGAAGAACCAGCCCGAGCCGCCCCCGAAACGCGAGUCCGGAGAGGAGUUCCGCAUGGAGAAGCUGAACCAGCUGUGGGAGAAGGCCCAGCGGCUGCAUCUUCCUCCCGUGAGGCUGGCCGAGCUCCACGCUGAUCUGAAGAUACAGGAGAGGGACGAACUCGCCUGGAAGAAACUAAAGCUUGACGGCUUGGAUGAAGAUGGGGAGAAGGAAGCGAGACUCAUACGCAACCUCAAUGUCAUCUUGGCCAAGUAUGGUCUGGACGGGAAGAAGGACGCUCGGCAGGUGACCAGCAACUCCCUCAGUGGCACCCAGGAAGACGGGCUGGAUGACCCCAGGCUGGAAAAGUUGUGGCACAAGGCGAAGACCUCUGGGAAAUUCUCCAGCGAAGAACUGGACAAGCUCUGGCGGGAGUUCCUGCAUCACAAAGAGAAAGUUCACGAGUACAACGUCCUGCUGGAGACCCUGAGCAGGACUGAAGAAAUCCACGAGAACGUCAUUAGCCCCUCGGACCUGAGCGACAUCAAGGGCAACGUCCUGCACAGCAGGCACACGGAGCUGAAGGAGAAGCUGCGCAGCAUCAACCAGGGCCUGGACCGCCUGCGCAGGGUCAGCCACCAGGGCUAUAGCACUGAGGCCGAGUUCGAGGAGCCCAGGGUGAUUGACCUGUGGGACCUGGCGCAGUCGGCCAACCUCACGGACAAGGAGCUGGAGGCGUUCCGGGAGGAGCUCAAGCACUUUGAAGCCAAAAUCGAGAAGCACAACCACUACCAGAAGCAGCUGGAGAUUGCGCACGAGAAGCUGAGGCACGCAGAGAGCGUGGGCGACGGCGAGCGUGUGAGCCGCAGCCGCGAGAAGCACGCCCUGCUGGAGGGGCGGACCAAGGAGCUGGGCUACACGGUGAAGAAGCAUCUGCAGGACCUGUCCAGCAGGAUCUCCAGAGCUCGGCACAACGAACUCUGAAGGCGUUGGGGAGCCCGGCCCGGCAGGGAAGAGUCCGGCGUGAAGGACCUGGGCUCUUGGCCGUGGCAUUUCCGUGGACAGCCUGCCAUGAGGGUGGCUGGGGCUGGCACAGGUGUCGAGGCAGGAAGGAUUGUUUCUGGUGACUGCAGCCGCUGCCGUCGCGACACAGGGCUUGGUGGUGGUAGCAUCUGGGUCUGAGAUCGGCCCAGCUCUGACUGAAGGGGCUUGGCUUCCACUCAGCAUCAGCGUGGCAGUCACCACCCCAGUGAGGACCUCGAUGUCCAGCUGCUGUCAGGUCUGAUAGUCCUCUGCUAAAACAACACGAUUUACAUAAGAAAUCUUACACAUCUGCCACCGGAAAUACUAUGUUCAGAGUCCUUAAAAAAUAGAGUGCAGUAUUUAAACCA